AUGUCUAUGAGAGGCACCAAGCGGGCUACUGGUGUGCGUGGUGAAGAACCAGGCACAUCUAAGCGCCGCAGAACGGAGCCUGAGGACACUCCCUGGCAGCUAAGACCAGACGUCAAAAUGUCAUCAAUAUAUAAUAGAAGUGCCUCAGAGGCACCAGCUGAACUAUUCAGGAAAGAUCUCAUCAGCGCUAUGAAGCUACCAGACUCAGAGCCUUUGACGCCUACCGAGUACUGGAUAAUAACGGACACGUGGAAACAGGACUGGGAACGCGGGGUCCAGGUGCCCGUUAAUCCGGACUCACUGCCCGCUCCCAAAGUCACGAUAAUAGAAAACCCACGCCCGCCUGAUUUUCAAGAAUUCAAAUUACCUAAAGAUAAGUACAUCCGGUUGACUCGGGACGCGCACUUCCAAGCCGAUAAGCACCAUUUGAGCUCAACACCAGCGCGGGCAGAGGCGGCAUGUGCCUACGAUCUGGACGCGACUGAUACCCAAUGGCUAAAGCUGCUCAACGCAGAGCGAGCGCGGGCCGGUGCUCUACCCAUCAACGAAGACCAGCUUGAGAAGGUCAUCGAGGAGUUAGAGAUUCGAACAUGGGACAAAAUACAAGCAAUAAUGAAAUCAGAAGAAGGCCUAGGCAUCGAAUAUGACGAAAACGUCAUUUGCGAUGUUUGCCGGUCACCAGAUUCCGAAGAUGGCAACGAAAUGGUUUUCUGUGAUUCUUGCAAUAUUUGCGUACACCAAGCUUGCUACGGUAUUACUGUAAUUCCAGAUGGUCAGUGGCUCUGUAGACCUUGCGGCGAUGGUGUUCGGCCUACCUGUGUUCUAUGUCCCAACCUUGGUGGUGCUAUGAAAUGCACUCCCUCUGGCCAUAAAUGGGCCCAUGUUAGUUGUGUGCUUUGGAUUCCCGAAGUGUCUAUAGGUUGUGCUGAAAAAAUGGAACCUAUAACUAAAAUAUCAUCUAUACCAGCAUCUCGCUGGUCUUUAGUGUGUGUUUUGUGUCGUGAACGUAAGGGAGCGUGUAUACAGUGCUCCGUAAAGACUUGUAAGACUGCUUAUCACGUAACAUGUGCAUUUAAACAUGGACUAGAAAUGCGUGCAAUAAUUGAAGACGAAAAUGCUGAUGAUGGCGUAAAAUUACGUUCAUAUUGUCAAAAACAUAGUGUCAAUUCUAAAAAAGAAAAGUGUUCUGGCUCCGGUUCUGAGGAAGAGGAGGUAAAAAGAAAACGUCGUAAAGAUAUGACUUCUGAAGAGAAAACACAGGCGCGUGCUGCUCGCUUAUUAGAAAUUGAAAGAGAAUUUGAUCGACACGUCAAUGUCAAAGAUAUAAGUACUCAUCUCCUUGACGUUGAUCAGGAUGCUAUACAGUACAUAUACAAUUACUGGAAACUGAAAAGGCGAGCAGGAAAUAAUCGUCCUUUGCUGCCACCUAAAUCAGACGAUAGCGAACUCCUAACACAUAGACAAGAACAAGCUGAUUUGGAUAAGAUGAAGAUGUUUGUUCAACUUAGACAAGACCUUGAAAGAGUGCGGAAUUUGUGCUAUAUGGUAAGCAGGAGGGAAAAGCUUUCACGUUCUUUCUUCAGGAUGAGAGAACAAACUUUUCACAAACAGGUUGCUGUAUUAUCAGCAGACUCAACAAUAUCAGGCCCAGACCUUGCUGCUAUUAUAGAGGCCAACCAUGGUCCUUCCAUAUAUGAUAGGUUAUAUUCUCAUCCAGAUGCACCCGAUCACAAAAAUGAUUUUGAUGAACUACUUGCACGUAUUGCUCCUUCAGAAUCUGGAGACGAAAAGAAGAAUCGUAAUGGGCUUAUCAAAUCAUCAAAAGUUACAAACCCUUAUAAAAAACAUUACGUCAAUGGUUCACGUCGAAGCGAAAGCAUGUACAGCGGUCUUUCUAGUGAAGAAAGUGCGACUGAAAUUAGUCGUUCUGGAAAGUACCGAGGUCGAGCUAUUGGCUCUAGCACCGACGAUGAUGUCAAAAAACCGAAUUCACCAAAGAAAAAGGUGUCUCCUAAAACUAGGGCAAAGAAAUCACCGAAGAAGACGGAAAGAAGGAAAAAGAAAGUUCCUCAAUCUAAGGCUGUUGUUCAAAGUAGCAGCGAAGAUGAAACUGUAAGUUCUAAAACCAAAAAAGACAGAUCUCGUAGUAAAACACUUCAACAAAUGGAAAAGGAAAUGGCUGCUGGUUCUUUAGGUCAGUCAGGAACUGACAGUGAUGAACUCAUGCCAAUAAGAUCAACAAAAAACAGUAAAUUCCCAGUCGACAUCUACUCGGACAGCAGUGAAGACAUGACUACAUUAAAAUCGGAUAUUAAAUCUGCCAAGACUAAAGUGAAAUCUGAAAAAGUUAAAUCGGAGAAGACAAAGCCAGAUAAGUCACCAAAUGGCAUUGAUUCACAACAACCACUACCCAGAACUAAAGCUGCAAUGAAAGAAUUUGUUCCUGCUCAUACAGAGAAAAAGGCUGUAGUAAAAGAAGAAGAUAAACCUGCUCCUAGAAAACGUGGAAGAAAGCCUUCUAACAAAGAUAAAAAGCCUACUUUAAAAAAUGGGGAAUCUGAUGAUGAGGCAAAGAACAAAGAAAAUAUUAAGUUUGCUAAACAAAAAGAUAAUCCAACUGAUUUGAUAGUCCCUCAACGGCAGGCUGCUAAGAAAGCCUCUGAAAAUAUGAGGUCUACAACAACUGUUAAAAAAGAGGAGAUCACUAUGGAGAAACAGGCUUCUCCCGAAGAUCCAAAAACUAAACCUAAAAUAAAAAGUAAAGGGAAGGAGGUAAAAGAAAAAGAAAGCACUACACCAUCACCUGCUAAAGUGGGUCGAAAGAAGUCAUCUAAGGAUGCUGAAAAAGAAACAAUUGCUUAUGUCCCUCAAAGGCAGGCAGCUAAAAAGGCUGCGGCUCACAUAAAAAGUGGCCUUGGCAGUAAGUUACCCGUUGUGGAAACUUCUGAAAGUGAUAAAAAGAUGUCGCCUAAAAAAGACGAAAUCAAGAAGCCUUCAAAAGAAAGUUCUAAAGAAAGUUCGAGUUCGUCUUCAUCUAGUAGCAGCAGUUGUUCAUCUUCAUCAAGUUCAGAGGAAGAAACAGAGAAACCUGAUAUUAAACCAACUGCCAAAGCAAGAGAAAUAAAACCAGCUACAACAAGGCAGCCAUCAAUGUUUUCUCCUCCUGGCACUAGACCGACUGUGGACUUGCCCUUUCUCGACAGGGUGUCAAGACCUUUGUCAUCGACUAGUGCCUCGAGUGAUGGUGACAGCUCUAAAGAUUCGAGAGCUUCCGGAUCAGACAGUCCUUCUCCAAAACGACCGCGUAGGCGACGCAAAGCCAAAAGUACUUCAACUGAAACAUCCCCACGUAAGGCCCCUGACAAGAAGCUUAAAACUUCCGAACGGGGGCCUGAGUGCGGGAUAUCAACACCGCCUCUUGAAGGAGAGGAACCAAGUCGAUCCGGCAACGCGCGUGCUGCCACGCGUGCUAGGACCAGAAGCAUUGCUACAGGCGGAAAUAUGCCUAAUAAGUUUGACACCGGAUCAAGAAAAUCACCUAAAGACGAGACCAGUUAUACCCCUGUGCCGAUUAAAACUCCCAAAGAGAGCAGCCAGCCCCGUGAACUUCCAUCUUCGGAGCGGCAAGCGGACAAGGAGGUAAAGAAAGAAGAGGAAGAGGAAUCUUACACUCCUGAACUCCUUCUUAGAGGUGAUAAUAAACCAAAGUCUAGUAGAUCCACUCGAAGGCAAAGUAUUUAUCAUGACGAUACAUCAAAAACACCUGAAGAACCUCCACCAAAAACUAGCCCGAAGAAAAGCACAGAGCCAAAACAAAAAAGUAUAACAAACAGGCGAAUGAGUGUUAAAGAUCCACCUAAAGAAUCUAUACCAUUUACAGAUGUUACGUGUCAGCCUAUCACUAAGGAGAGGAGGCAAAGCAGACACGAACCUUUGAAUACUUCAAGGCCUGAAAGAAAUAAUAGUCUAUCUCCCGUCAAAAAACCGACUUACUCUGAAAAGCCUCCUGAAGAAGUCGAUAGAAAGAGCCCCCUACCAAUUCAUGAUGAAUACCAAGAUAACGAUAAACAUUGGUUACCUAAAGCUCCAAGUCCUAAUGUUAAUCCUCCACCUGUAGAAAAACCAGGAGGGCCUGAAAAGUAUAUGACUGAAGAUAAAUCAAUGGAUUCAGAUUCCACUGACAAGAGCAGUAUCAAAAUGAUUGCUAAGAUACAAGCAAAUCUUAAUGAAAACACGAUGAUUAAAUCGCCCAAAACUCCAAUGGAUGCAAGAACUAUUUCAUUGGAUAAUAUUGACAUGGAUAAUCCGAUUGCUAGAAAUAUCAGAAAACGUUCGAUAUUAGACGCAGACAAGAAAUAUAUUACUCAAGAUGCCAGUCAUGUUGGGCAAGGAGUUGAAAUAUCAAAGAGUGCUAAAAUACCUUCUGCAGUUAAUCCAUACCCUAAUCGGUCAAUCUUUUCACCUCAAUCGAAAGAUAGCGAAAUUUUCGAUAUUGAUAUGUUAGCUGUUGAUGAUGGAUUCAACCAUGACGAUAUUAUGAAACCAUUUACAUCUUGCCCUGACUUUUUCUUCAAAGAAGACUCUAAAGAACAGGGUGUCCAAGAAACACUCAAUUUAGUCGAUAGAUUACGUCUUCAACUUAAUUCCAAGAAGGUGCCAACUGAGAAUUCUGCUCAAGACGAAUCAAUGCAAAAUGAUGAAAAUAAUCAAGGAGAAGAUGAUGAUAACAAAGUAUCUAAGUCUGUUGAAAGUGAUCAUGACCCUGAUAUUUCUCCAAACAAGGAAGUCGCACUAGAUUUGCAUGAUAAGAGAAUUUCGCCGAAAGAUACUCACAUGACCGUAAAUCACAUACCACAUACUUAUCCACCACCUGAAAUAUCAUCAAGAGAAUCCCUAAUAGAAAAUAAGGAAUACCAUCAUCAACCCAUUCCCAUGACUAGUAAUGAACAAUGGACAAAUAAUAAGUCAGGAUCUCAAAUGGAUUCUCAUAUUGAGCAACCUGACGAAAGGAAAUACGAUCACAUGCAAUACAAUGAUGAUGUCAAAGAACCUGUCACUGUGCAGUCAGAUGUUCAGUCCAUGUCUGAAGUUGGUGACUCAAUAUCAUUGUCGAAACAAAGUGACGACUCCCAGCCGUUAUCUGUUGUAGAUCAUUCAAUUACAAGCAACGAUCAGGAGUUAACACAAGAUAAUCAAAAUUACGAAAAUAAUAACUCUGUGAUACACUCAGAUUGUGCUACGAUUUCAUCACCUUAUGUUAGUCGAGAUUCCAAAUGGAGAGAAAGUAAAAUAACCACAAGGAGAUCAUCGGCCUCGAGUACAAAUUCGGAAGGUUCUGUGUGCUCCCAGAAGACUGACUUGAAAUCUCAUAUGAAUAGUUGUGAUUCACAUCAAAGUAACGUGAUGCCGGACAUCGACUCCUAUCCACCAUUGCCGGCUUAUCCUUGUGCCGUAGAGCCAACUAUCCCUUUGAAUCAAUACAGCGCUUAUCCGCAGAACGCAUCUCCAUUUUUGAGUUCAUUGCCUUUUACGCAAUUACAAUUACCAUCUCCAGCACCUUUCGGUUUGCCUUUCACAACUACCUCUCUUAUUCCACCCAAAGCUUUCCCAUUAUGUGCUGCAUUUACAACUUCGUCGCAAAAUUUGGCGAUCACUGCCGCCAUGAUUGCUCCACCUACACCAAAACCCACUGAUUCACCUCGUGAUGACAUUGACGUAUCUUGUAGUGAAAAAUAUAUUCACGUGGUGUCCAGUCCGAGCAUCAGUGUUGAUUCAUAUAAUGAUUCUAAUAGCACAAGAGCGGCGACUAAAAUGUCCAACGACAGCAAUGAAACUAUGUCAAGCGUCAUUCCUCAAGAAGAGAAGUCACCUCCGAAACUACCAAAAUUAGCACCCAAGUUUCCCGGUAAAUCCCCUGGCAAAAGCCCUGGAGUGUCUUCAUCUCCUAAACAAAGCGACGCACCGAAAAACACCAAACGACCGAACAAUAGAAACAAUAGAAGUCAAAGAGGACGUGGUCGUUCUAAGAGUAGAGGUCAAGGUAUUCACGGAUUUCCAGUGGAUUACAUGGGCAAUUCUAUUCAGAAUAAACUUGUCGGUACAGUAUAUGAUUUUGACGAAGAGAUUGCCGAUGGUGUUGACCUGAAAGCUCUUCGGGAAAGGCGAAAAUCUGUCGAUUUACGAGAUGAUCGAAAAUCUGAACAUUCUUAUAAAGAUGCAUCCCCGUCGCCACGUGUCGUUAGUCCUCCACAGACAAGCAAACGCACACCGACCAUUGAAAAGGACGUGAAACCAUCUCCUAUGCCCUCAGAUAGAACUGCAUCACCUACUGGUAAAGGCCCUGGCUUUUCAAGUGUUCAACCAGUGCUCCCAGGACCAGUCGACAUGCGUACAUACCAGCCCUUCGAAAAUCCUGUUCCCGUAGCUGGUGAGGCUUACCACAGCCACUUAUUAGAGUUCGCUAGUGGCACAGCUGAUCAACAACUUGUAGACAUUGAUGAAGAAGUCGAGAAACAGUUACAUAGUGCUUUGAUGGCCAGCAAACCCCGCUCGGGUUCUCCUCCUCCUGCGCCUGUUGUAGAGCCCAAAGAACCUCCUAAAGAAACAUUCAAUCCUCAAUUACCUAAAGUAUCAUUAUCAGACUCGCGAAACCAAUUGAAAGUAAAAAUAAAGGGUCCAUUCUUAGAUGCAAACUAUUCAGCUAGUUCUGUUCAGCCAGUCGUACCACAACCACCGGCUCCUGUGCAUGAAUCCAACACUAGCAUGUUUAGCGCGUCCGGCGGUGCAGCUUCGUCGAUGAUGACUGGAUCCACGAACUUACGACGAAUGCGCAAAAAGGAGUUGUUGCGUCAGUAUUGGACCCAGGAUAUGAACAUGGACGAUCCGGCUAAUGCUUCGAAUAUCGGAGUUAUACCUCCGCCAGCCGCGCCUCAGCCUUUGCCUCGUGCCGUCAUUACCAUUCCAAAAGCUGUGGCUUCGAUGACCAGCAUACCGACGAGAGAAGACUAUAAAUUCUGUGAUGCGCCAGUUGACAAGAAAAAGCGUAAGACUGCCAGUGGUCUCUCUAGAGAACUAAGACAUCUAGAAGUGAGCAUGAACGAUGAUGCAGAUCCAUCGGACGAUGUCAAGUUAUCUAACUUCGCUAGUAAUGUCAACCAGUCGUUCAAGAGACGAGGUCGAGUCUCCACAAAACCGAACAGACCGAAUACUACAUCGCCGCUGGCUCCUAAACUGAAAAUAAAGAUUGGCUCGAACAUCGUUCAGCAAGUCAAUGAUGAGCCAUCGGGCUUCCAGUUCCGGCCGCCCAAAAAGCGGCUGACGAGCAUGCCGAAACCGAGCUUGGAAGACCUCAGACGCGAGAGUAUGAAAUACAGGCGUAAGGUGAUGGCGGACUUCGAAGAAACCGAGAAGCCGAAGAAACACAAGCCCAGUAAAAGUGAGAAACGUAAAAAGAAGAAGGACAAGAAGGCAGAAAAGUUGCAAGUGGUCAAUAGUGAAAGUGAGAGUGCUACGAAACUUAUAAUAAAAAUAAAGCGUACGAAGGAGGAGGGCGGGGAGGGGGCGAGCGCUGGCGAGAGUGGCACGCCGGAGCCUCGCGGGGGAAACGUCGUGGGCGCCAAGGCGGGGUCGGCGGCGGCGGUGGGGCGGGGGCCCAGCGGCUGCGUGGCGGCAGCUGCGGCCGCGCCCGAGCCCACCGUAGACCCGUUCGAGUACGACCCCACCGCGCCCGACCCGCUCGCCAUCGACCCGCCCUCCUACUCGGAGUCGUCGGCCAUGCGCAAGAUACGGACAGCUAAAGUGACCCCGAUCCGGUUAAAACUGGCGCGCAGCUCGCAGGGCUCCGGAUACGUGAUGAAGGAGGCGGGCGCGCAGGGCGGGCAGGGCGGCACGCCGGAGCCGCCGCCGCCCGCCUCGCCGCUGCCGCUCGCCGUCAACAAACACUGCGAGGUGAGGUGA